AUGGUCUGGGGAGCAAUUUGCUAUGACAACAGGAGCACUCUCACGCUUAUUCCAUGCACCUUGACUGCAGAUUUGUACGUCCGUCUGGUGAUUCUACCUGUUUUGUCACCAUUCAUGAGCGGCAUUCAAGGUAGUAUUUUCCAACAGGAUAAUGCUCAUCCUCAUACUGCUGUUGUAACCCAACAUGCUCUUACAGAAUGUGGAGAUUUGUUCAAAUUUGGGGACACAAAUAAGCCAAAGUCCUGGAAAAAAUCUUUAGAAUUCAAGAAAUCAAAGGAAAAAGAGCAGACAAAACUUAAAAAUGAUCCCCAAUUCAAGGAAUAUCUUGGAAUUAAUCAAGAUAGAAAAUCUAAACCUGUGUGGGGAGAAGACGUUGAUUUAAAUAGUUCUGAUUCAGAGUCUAGUCAAGAAGACUCUGAAGAAGAAGACAAUACUGAUCUUUCAAAUGCAGAUAAAAAACAAAGUCAAGCGGAACAACAAAGUAUUUCUGUAGAAAGAAAAGAUCAAAAAGAUUCUCUUAAAUCAACAACAGACAAACAGAAAAAAUAUAAGGAGUUGUUUACGGUAAAGCUUACCAACUUACCUUAUCAAUGCAAAAAGGCACAAAUCAAAAAAUUCUUCAAUUCUCUCAAAAUAGCUAGUCUUCAUCUUCCACCGAAAAGAAAAGGUUUUGCAUUUGUAGGCUUUAAAACAGAAAAAGAUUUGAAGCAAGCCCUGAUUAAAAAUAAAGGGUUUUUAAAUGGUCGUUGUGUACAGAUGUUAAAAUACAUUCAAAAAUGUGAAUCUGAUGGAAAACCUAAGCAAAAUGAGAAGUACCCUGAUAAAGAACUAAAUGAAGAACUUCUUUCAGAGACAGGAAGAAUUUAUAUUCGAAAUCUCUGCUAUACUGUAACAGAAGCUGAUAUUGAACAACUUUUUGUAAAAUAUGGUCCAAUUGCUGAGCUCCAUGUGCCAAUUGAUUUCAAUACAAGAAAGUCUAAAGGUUUUGCUUUUGUGACAUUUAUGUUUGCCGAACAUGCAGUGAAGGCCUUCUCAGAGUUGGAUGGUACAAUAUUUCAGGUAAUUUAUGCAGUAGAAGGAAUAUUUAGUAAUAUUUCUGUUUUUACAUGCAGCUAAAGUAAAAAUAGCCCU